GGAGAGGACGCGGCGGAGGGCAGGUCCGGCAGGGCGCGGUCUUCUUCUCCCGCGGCACCUCAUCUGUUCUGUCGUAGGAUCUCUUCCAUUCCUGCCACAGGGACGCAUUGAGAAGCCAGCCCAGAGGGAGACAAACCGCUGCGGGGACACCCUUUGACCGCCGUGCCCAACAGGCGCAGCCAGACUGCGCACCGCGCGCCUCCGCGUCUGUCUGCAGCGCUUUUCUCACAGCUCCGACACAGAGAGGCAGCUUUGAACCUGCCUGCCAAGAUAAACUCACCUUGGCUAUUUAUGCCCCUACCUCCGCGUGCACUCGGGACAGCGCAGAGCCAGCCGCUCAGGGGACAGGUUAAGGUCUCCGGGUCCUCUCCAGCGGCGCACUGGCCACUUUUACGCGCCGGGAAUGGACACUUUUGGGGACUCCGGAAUGAGUCCUGCUCCGCUACAAUCAUAAAGGCGACUCAAGGCUCCACCGAGAGAAGCACAGCCACCAGCUGGGGAGGGGGGGCAAACACCGGCCCCGGGGCGGAAUGCUGCUUCCGACGCUGGUGACGUGCCUCGCCGGGUGCGCCUUUCUCCUCUCGCCGGUCAGCGAGGGCUGCGGGCCGGGCAGAGGCUACGGCAAGAGGCGGUCACCGCGGAAACUCGCGCCGCUUGCCUACAAGCAGUUCACCCCCAACGUGGCCGAGAAGACUUUGGGGGCCAGCGGGAGGUACGAAGGGAAAAUAACCCGGAACUCUGAGCGCUUCAAGGAGCUCACCCCCAACUACAACCCCGACAUCAUCUUCAAGGAUGAGGAGAACACAGGUGCAGACCGCAUGAUGACACAGCGCUGCAAAGACAAGCUGAACUCUCUGGCCAUCUCGGUGAUGAACCUGUGGCCCGGGGUCCGCCUGCGGGUCACCGAGGGCUGGGACGAGGACGGCCACCACUCGGAGGAGUCGCUGCACUACGAGGGCCGGGCCGUGGACAUCACCACCUCGGACCGGGACCGCAACAAGUACGCCAUGCUGGCGCGGCUGGCGGUGGAGGCGGGCUUCGACUGGGUCUACUACGAGUCCAAGGCCCACAUCCACUGCAGCGUCAAGUCAGAUCACUCCAUGGCGGCCAAAUCCGGAGGCUGCUUCCCCGGCGAGGCCUCGGUGACGCUGGCGAGCGGCGCUCAGAAGCCCAUCGGCGACCUGCGACCGGGAGAGCGGGUCCUGGCGGCGGCGGGCGGCGGCGAGCUGGUCUACAGCGAGGUGCUGGUCUUCCUGGACCGGGACCCGGUCGCCCGGAAGCUCUUCUACACGCUGCACACAGAGGCCGGGGCGCGCCUCUCGCUCACCGCCGCCCACCUGGUGUUCGUGUCCGGGGGGAACUGCUCGGAGGGCGGCGCCCUCGGGGCCGUGUACGCCAGCGACGCCCGGCCGGGGCAGUGCGUGCUGGUGUCGCCGGGGGAGGCGGGUCGGGGGCGCCUGUCCCGGAUCACCCGGGUCAGCGUGAGGGAGAGCAGGGGGGCGUUCGCGCCGCUCACGCAGCACGGCACGCUGGUGGUGGACGGCGUGGUGGCGUCCUGCUACGCGGUGGUGGACCAGCACUCCCUGGCCCACUGGGCCUUCUCGCCGCUUCGGCUGCUCCACAGCUGGACUGGUUCCACUGGGAGCCACCGGGACGGGGUCCACUGGUACUCUCGGCUUUUACACUGGCUGGGCAGGAUGCUGCUGGACUCGGGGCGCCUCCACCCGCUGGGCGCGGCUCAGGGAGACAGGUGA